GUUUCUGAUAUGCGAGUGUUGUGCUGUGACUUUUUUUAAAAUAAUUAAAUUCGCGUCUCUAAAUACGUUCCGCGUACCUGUUAAAAUAAAUCUCGACACAGAAGAACACGCAACAAUGACAGCAGACUCAAGAUUUGUCCGUGUUAUCGUCAUUGUUGGAAGUAGCGACUGAACGGAACAUAUGUUCCAGCUUGUCGCGUCCAUUUGUGGUGAUAUUCAUCGAGGACGUGAGGAUUGUGACGUGACAGUAUCCACAGUGACCCAGACAACGACAAAGGAGUAAUCGAUUUCAUCAUUUUGAAGUCGGUUUCCGUUUGAACGACGGCCGACUGGGUCAAUGAUAAAUGUGUCAUGACGCUGGCUCGCUGUGAGCGUUCAUUGUCAGAAGUGCGGAUAAUCAUCGUUGACAAACAUGGCAACAAUCAGCGCCACCACAUUCAUACGGCUCUUCAUCCUACUAGCGGCGGUCGCAUGCCACGGCCUGGCGACUACUUCCGUCGCUCUGUUCCGGAACACGGAGUUCAGCGUCGGGCGCUGCCGUCUGGUCAUCGAGGGAACGUGUCCUGAUCCAGACGUCGAGUUCUUUCUCUAUACCAGGUCCAACCCCACGGACGCACAAAUCAUCGCCGUCAAUGAGGGACUCCUGAACCUGACGUCGUCCAAUUUCAACUCGUCACACCCAACGAAGUUCAUCAUCCACGGCUACAACUCGGACAUGGAUCUGGACGUACUCGUGGACAUACGUAAAGCGUAUCUGGACGAGGGAGACCACAACGUAAUUGCAGUUGACUGGUCGCGCCUUUGUCCAGGACCCUGCUACCCCAGCGCCGUCUACAACGCAAAGUUCACUGGCAAGUGCAUCGCCCAGUUCCUGCAAGAGCUGCGUCUGGUCGGAGCCUCCGACGUCCACGUCGUCGGCUUCAGUCUCGGGGCUCACGUGGCGGGAUUCGCCGCGAACAACCUACGACCCUACAGACUGCCUCGGAUCACAGGCUUAGACCCGGCCAUGCCAUUCUUCGCGACUGUGAACAAGGAUCAGAAACUGGACGCCUGCGACGCUGAUUUCGUGGACGUUAUCCACACGAACGCCUUCGUACAGGGCAAGAUAGAGAGAAGUGGUGAUGUGGACUUCUACGUAAACGGAGGGAUCAGUCAGCCGGGCUGCUGGAGUGACCCCAACCCGUUCGGGUGCAACCACCACCGAGCUCCUGCGUACUUCGCCGAGUCCAUUACAUCGACGAAGGGCUUCUGGGCCUGGCACUGCUCCGGCUUCGUUCCCUUCCUGCUGGGGCUCUGCCCACCGAUGUAUCCGGCGGUGGUCAUGGGUGAACGCGUCCCGGCCAAUUCCCGCGGGUUCUACCUGGUGGCUACAGGAGCAGAGAGCCCGUUCGCUUUGGGCAAGUGGGUGACGUCGCCCGAAGAUGAGCCCCGGCACAAACUCCGGGUCGGGUUCUCUGGUGUCAACGACAUUGACACGCAAGGGUCACGUGGGGCAGUGCCCGUUGUCCUGGAGGUGUGACUGCCUUUUUACCCAUCUUCAAACUCAAAUCCCACAUAAUUAACUCUACCUUUAACUGGCGACAAAUUGGUUUGCGUGUACUGACCGGUCUCACUGAAGGACUUGGUCACGUACAGACAUUUUCUGUCUGCUACAACAAACUCCAGGGGCUUCCCGGAGAAUUUUUUAGGGUGAAAAGCUCCCGAUCUUUGAUUAAAUUAGGGACGCCAGUUUCUUUCCGAUAUAUCGACAUCGUAUGAUAUCGAGAAAAAUAACGGAUAUCGGUAAAAUUUCAUGUGACGACGAUAAAUCUCAUAAUCGUCACUGUUUACUCUUAAGCACCUAAAAUAAAACUAAAAAAAUCUCCAUUAAUUGAACUUAAUUUGGGGAAAAGUUUCAGUUCAUUAUUAGGAAGAAUGAAACGUGUGAUUAACCAUCACAUUUGUGUACUCUGAUGUAAAUAAAGUGUUCCUAUUCUGUGUCAAAGGCUGGAUAAA